AGUGGAGCAGCAACACAAAGCUAGAAGAAGAAAAACAAGAUGGGCAGAGAUAGCAAGUCUCGCGAUUUGUGGAGCGACGAGAACGGCGCGAAGGCCGUGAGUCGUCCGCAGCCCGUCGCCAUCGCAAAAGGCUGGAAGGUCGCACCCGAUCUCCUACCGGCCAAACCGCUGGCGCCCCGCCGGCGCAAGUACGCACCCAUACGCCCCAAUAACCGCGACGCCGUUGCCACCCCGCUACCUGGCCAGAGCUACAACCCCGUCGACAACGACCACCAAAAGGCGCUCCGCAAGGCGGUGCGGCAGUUGCACCGCAAAAAGAAGAAGGAUGAUAAAUUUGUCAGGACGAUGAUGCGCGGCCGCAACCAAACGUAUACCGGCAACUUCUCCGCCGACAAGACGUGGGAGGAGGAGGUGAACGAAGAGGCACCAAAGUCGGUGAAGAAGACGACAUCCGCGGCAGACGCAAAGAGCUCCAAAAAGAAGCAGGACAAGAAAAAGAAGGUGACGAAGAAGGCGGGGGCGCAGGAGGCACGUCGGGCGAUGACGCACCGCCGCCAUCCCUCGCGCGACGCCGUUAAAACGGAGACGGACGAGCUCGAAACGCUCUUAGCCACCCACGCUGAGAACCAGGAGAAGCGAGAGGCGGCGCGCCUGAGGCGGCGCGCUGCCAAGAAGGCGAACCUGACCGUCAAGCACUACGGCCGCCACUACCACACGCCACUGGUGGUCGAUGUCGCACCGAGCGAUAAGCUGGUGGGCUCGCUGCGCCACCUGAACGGCGGUUACAUCCACCCUGCACUUGACCGCAUGAAGUCCCUCGAGGAGCGCAACCUCGUGCCUGCGCGUAUGCGUCACACGUACAACAAGCGCAAGGUGCUGAAGCCGAAGGGUGAGGUGCGCCUGAAACGAGAGGAGUUUGGUGUUUUGCCGUACACGAGCUUCUAA